GGGGGAGGGCUUUGUCUCUCCUCCCCUGCCUCUGCUCUCCUCCCAUCCUAGAGGACAGAGCGAUGCGGAGACAAUAGGACGCAGAGCCGGAGGAGGCUGCAGGAUGCUCGACACUACAUCCACCGACGCUGGUCGGAGGCUUCUCGCUGGACACCGAUAUCAGACGUUUCUCUGGGCUCACCUGGUCUUAGUAUGUGCUCACACCUCCCUGUGUGUUUACCAGUAGCAGCCUGGGCCGACAGGGCGGACUUCACAGUCUCCAUAUGUGUAUCAACUGAAAGUGACACCAGCUGUUAGCUGCUAUUGCUGCUCCUGUCCUACCCGAGUCAGUUUUUUUUGCACCCUGAAGCAGUCCGCACCAUGACCUCCUCUCCGCUGGUUUCUCGAGCCAACAUGGACAUCCUGGAUGAGCUGCAGCUGAUUGCUGCCCAGAAUUUGGAGAGACUAGAGGUCAACAAGUACUACGAGGUGAUCAGAGAGCUGGGCAAGGGAACCUAUGGCAAGGUGGAUCUGGUCAUACACAAGAUCAGAGGUACAAAAAUGGCACUGAAGUUCCUGAAGAAGAAGACAACCAAGCUGAAGUCUUUUCUACGGGAGUACAGCAUCUCCCUGUACCUGUCUCCGUGUCCCUUCAUCAUCAACAUGUUUGGCAUCGCCUUUGAGACCGACGAGUACUACGUGUUUGCACAGGAGUACGCCGUGGCGGGGGACCUCUUCGAUAUAAUUCCUCCACAGGUCGGUCUUCCUGAAACAGUAGCAAAGCGCUGUGUACACCAAGUAGCCAUCGCUCUGGACUACCUGCACUGUAAGAAGCUGGUCCAUCGGGACAUUAAGCCUGAAAACAUCCUCAUCUUUGACCGAGAGUGCCGCAAGGUCAAGCUCUCUGACUUCGGAAUGACUCGCCGGGCUGGCUCACCAGUGAAAAGAGUGAGCGGCACCAUCCCCUACACAGCUCCGGAGCUCUGCGAUGUGUCCCGCCAUGAGGGCUUCUGCGUGGACUACAGCACUGACGUCUGGGCCUUCGGUGUGCUGCUGUUCUGCAUGCUGACCGGUAACUUCCCUUGGGAGAAGGCUCUGCCCUCUGACUCUUUCUACCAGGAGUUCAUCCGUUGGCAGAGGAGGAGGACGAACACGGUGCCGUCGCAGUGGAGGCGCUUCACCGAGCAGGCCCUUCGCAUGUUCCGCCGCCUGCUAUCGGUGGAGCAGGACCGCCGCUGCUCCGUCAAAGAAGUGUUCGGGUACUUCAGCCACUCCUGGAUGUUAGACGCGGAGAACGAUAACAACAAUGGCAACACGGUUGCUGGAGGUGGCGGCGAAAGAGUUAGUGGCGGAGGCGGCGGCGGCGGUGGAGGAGGUGGAGGGGGAGGAGGAGUCCGUGGGGAGGUGGACGGCACAAUCUCGUCAUCAUCGUCCGGGGAAGAAGACGAGGAGCUUCUCGUGGAGAGGAUGAAGCAGCAGACUCUGUCACCUCGCUCCCCAGUGUCGCCCCUCUCUCCCAUGUUGCCAAUGGCGGUGAAGAGGGGGAGCGGAGGCAGCGGGGCCAAAGGAGGGAUGAUGGAACCCGGCGGGGGCCACCAUUUCGUGUCCGUCUCCACCAACAGCUCCGUGUCAUCCACCAACAGCUACGAUCGAAUGCCCCGAGAAAACGGCUCACCUGGCGGCCGCAUGCUAGUGCCGACACCCAUAGAAAUCUGCGUCUGAGCAUGUCAGGGCUCACCGGCACACACUUUUAUACCUCUCAUCCAACCACGUAGAUGUUCAUGCAUGGGAAAAGAAACAAAGCGAUAACAAAGCACUAACACGUCUCCUGUUUUAAACAUUGUGGGAAAGGAAGAGCGCAGACACACACGCGCCGGAGGACUUCCGAGGACGUCUUUGUAGAACGCACACAUUCCUCAUGAUUGGUCGAAUGUCCUGUUUUAACACUUGGAAUUCAAGGACACGUUCAAAAUGCAAGUGUAGAAAAAUGAAGAAAAAAACGCUACAUUAGAGAUUUCAACACUAAAUCGAUCUGACAAGAAGACCAAAAUAUAUUCCUUAAAGCAAUACUUGCAGCAAAAAAAAUGAAUUAAAAUAACAUAAAAAGAUAAAAAAGUCAGCAGGAGUUGGGCAGAACUCCUCGUGAUCUCUUCAACACUGAUAAGAAGGUUUUUUUUAAGAAGCCAAGGGACAAAAGAUUCGUGUUUUUGACCGAAACAGAGCUCAAGCUAACACCUUACAAGAUAAAAAGACUGACUGAGCCGUGGUUUCAGUGUUUUACUUGUAACAAGAAUAUGAAAGUGUGAAUGUGUCCGUGUGCGUCGCCGUGCGUUUGAAUCUAAAACAAGUAGUUUAAUUUUUCUUUGAGAAUUUUAUUAUUUAUUUGAAUCUUUAAAAAAAGAAGAAAAAAAAAGACUACACAAUCUAUUUUUUCUAUUUUUUUGUAAGGUAGCUCUCUUUGUUUCCCAUUCGACUCAGCAUUGUGAUAUGGUGUUGAGGUAUAGCUGUGUAACAGGUGUGGUAUGCUGCUGUACAUACUGAAUACUUGCGCAUUAUGUGAGAUGAUCUACAGCUUUCCUUCAUCUCAGACUAGAUGGAGCGAAUGCGUGCGAUGUCUCUGCUCUUCACCAUAAACAUAUCUACUUCACAGUUGGAAGACUUUUUUCUACUCACUCCUGAAAUUCCGUUUGUAUGGUGUUCCUUUGAAGCGUUUUUUCCAAAAGAGAACAAGAAAAAGAUCUGUCUGCUUUGCUCACGUUUUCAUCCAGACCUUCACCUAAAAAUGUGUUUUCUUUUAAACUUUGUCUGAAAAAGAAAAAUGAUCUGUUCCAAUUAAGUGCAGGGGGAAAAAAGCAAACACUCAAGAGUCACUUUUUAUAAACUGCAUGACGAGUAAUUCAAACUUCGAAUCUGAACCGGCUUUAGGAGGGAAAAAAAGGUAAAAUGUUGUGAUGUGAUUUUUUUUUUUUUGCAGUAGCACACUUUAUUGCAUCAUGUCCCAGAGUGAAUAUUGCUGUUAUGACCUCUUGAGACAUCCUAGGGCUAAAAGAAAAAAAAUCUGAAUAUACUUACUUAGUUUCUAUCCAGUGUGAUGUAUUUGUAAUGCUAUUAAUGUUGUGUGCUCAUCUCACCACCUUCAGGAACUAAAAAAAAAAAGCUAAGCAUGAAGACAGAGCGAGAGAUUUGAAUUUGAAUCAAAUGUAGGGACUUAAAUGUUUUGCUUUUGGAUUUAAAAAACAACAACAAAACUAAUCCAUUCCUUUUUGACUUCAUGAAUAUCAAUUGAAUUAUUUUUCUUUGGGGGGGUGGAUCAUGCGUAGUGUGUGAAUGGAUGUUCUCUGUGUUGCUUUUCAGACAUAAACUGCAUGAAACUGUAUGUGCUAAAGCCCUCUUGUGAAAAACUGCUCAGUGUUUAUCCCGUCACAGGCUGUAGCACUCUAUAGUUGUAGUUAGUAUACCGGUGACAAACAACACGUCAGUAGCCUCAGCUCGGAUCUGACAGAGGACCAGCUCAGCCCCUCCGCAUGAUGCGUUGGAUCAGCGAGAGAGUAAAUAACUGCAUCUUGUGACAAUCUCUGACCUCAUCGGCAGCCUCCUGAUUCAGAACAAAGGACGGUCCUGAUGCGGACACUGCUCCCCAUCUGUCAACUUCAAGCAGCGCUGUGCUGUGCGGAGUAAACCGUGCGAGCCCAAGCACAUCCCACACUCGCAUGACCGUAUGAAGCCACAUUACCUCAUCGCGUCAUUGUUCCUUUGCAGCGUUCACUCCGAAACCAUCUUUCAACAUUCGCGCUCUUCCCAAAUAAACGUGACGUGCUUGAAGCACCCAUGGCAACGUGCAACGAUAAGCAACGUGAGGAUUCUUGUAAAUAGAGACACGUGGGAGGUUUUAUUGACAAUUCUUGUUACGUAAAAAAGAGCCGACACCAAACCAGUCUCCCAGUAGUGUAGAUAUUAUUAUUGAUUGGUUUGUGAAUUUGUGUUUUCAGCGUCACCACUUUGCUCUUGCUCGGAAAGCAGAUGUGUCAAGCCAGAGGUGGAUCUGACUAUGAAGCGAUGUUAUGCGUUUUGUCAGUCACAAGUCACUGGCCAAUGAGCAUGGCCUCCAUAAUUCGCUUUUCUGACAAGAAUUUGCAAAAAAAACGAAUGAUGUUUUUUUUUUCAUUUACCACAAAUGACUGGAAUUCCUAUUUUAGCCACAGGGAUCAUCGCCUGGUGGUCAGUAUAAACAGUUUGGGUUUAAAGCACCUCUUUAAUGGUUUCACUUUUCAGACAUGGACACCAUGGCCACCUUUAAUACUAUUUCUGUAAAAGGGCCAGUACGUAGGGCUCGGUGAUAUUAAAUGAUAAGACUGCAGAUUGCCAGCAGCUCAAUACAACUUCUGGUGGCUUUCACCUCAUUUCAAACACAAAAAAUGGCCCUAAUAGAGCCUUUGUUUCUUUGGCACAUUCUGGGCUACACAGGCUCUCAUGCUGCUCUACAAUAUUUCAUUUUCCUUUAAGCUAAGUUUAGAUUUGCUAUAACUAAAGGGGACCUAUUCUGCUCCUUUCAAAGUAAUUGUUAUUUAUUUUAUACUGAAACGAGCUACUUUAGCCCCUCCCCUCUAAGACAACUUUCUUCUGAUUGGCUGCCAAUUGUAAACAGAAGGUUUGAACAGCAGACAGGCGGGAUGACAGUGUCUGCAGCUAAAGCUAUGUUCCUGGGAUGACUGUAUUGAGUAUAUCACCUCCCUCUCGUGACAUCAUAUUGAUCCAAGGGUAGCUAUCAGAACCUGAGUGUUUAAAACAAGUUUUAAGGUAGUUUUCAGCUCACAGGCAUUAUACAUCCAAAGACCUCACUAUCUAAGCAUCAUUAAUAUGAGUAUCUAACACUGUAACAGUAUGUUUAUGACAAAGACAUGAAAAUGAAUAAAAGGUUCCCUUUACUUUUAUGCUAUGUAGGCAGUUGAGUUUUGAAAAUUGUGUUUAGCAAACAGGAUCCGGGAUUUUUUUCAUCUGUGUCAAACAACCCCUGAAUUCAGUGUUUUUAAACUGUCUUAGUUUGGUGUCAUUCAGCUUGAUUUUUCUGAAUUAUUCUCUUGCAUUAGUAAAGAGAUCAACAUUAGCUUAUUAUACCCCUAAUGUAAGAAUAGCCUGAUGUUGCUUUUUACACAAGUAAAAUUUUAAUUAUGUCGCGUAUUUUGAAAUUGAAAUAUUCAAUUUUCUUCUUUAGCCUUGCUUCUUUUUUCCAAGCAUGGAACCAUCCGUAGCUAAAUUAGCUAGCUAACAUUUUGAUAGUGGAGACAGAGCUAUUGGUAAAGUCAGAUGUUUUAGCAUCGUCUUGCCAACAUUCUUUAAAACAGAAAAUUUGACUUUUUAUCACGUUGUCUUAUAAAACAUUAUACCCAAACCUCCAGUCUAACCUAACAAUCCAAAGUAACUGCUGUUGUUAGUUAUAGACAAUUAGCCAACAGGAUGUUAUUUCUAAUGAAUGAAUGAUGAUCAGUUGCAGUCCCUGUUUUAUGAGUUAGCAAGCAAAACACAGAAUAUCAAAAUACCAAAAAGUAAAUCUUUAUUUUGAAAGACACGCCCCGUACUGCUGUAGUUUCCUAUCAGAAUAAUUUUAAGAUAGUAAAUGAUUCACUAGAACUUGUGGUACAAGCACUGUGCUCAGAUGAAAUACCAGUGCAGUAUACAGUACGCUGCAGACGAGGACACAUCCGUUCACAAGCUGGGAGAGAAGAUGAGUGACACAAAACUAGAAAGUGAGAUGUGCAUUUGUCAUACGCCACCUUCCCCUUGCUCCCUCCCAGCGUCUGAGUCAGCCACCGCUGCCUCCUCAUCCUAUUCAUAUUGUGACGUGCUGUAAUGGCGUUCCAGUGUCUUUCUGUCCGGUGACAUAGCUGUAUUUCAAAGCAUCAUGGUUUUUGUGGCGUUUUAGUGAGUAGAUGACCACAGCACUAGAACUUGUACCCGGUUCUGUCUUUGCAAUACAACUGUCUUCCUGUAAGCUGAGAUUUAGUCAAUAAAAUAAGAAUUCUUGUUCGA